AUGGCUCCGGCCUCUUCUGGGGCAAGGAGACCACCUGUGUGUCAUGACAUUUUGGAAAGUGACUUGUUGGGGGGACCCUUGGCAAGGCUGCAGGAACUUACCUUUUUCGGACUCUGGGGCGAGAAUGAGAAAGGUCAGGGCUUGCAGGAACCGGCUUUGUGCUUCACCGCUGUUGUGGGUGAUGGUGGGAAGCUUCUGAAAGCAAGUGACACCAGGGCCAGGCAACUUUCUGCCUGGAAGCAAAGGCUCCCUAGGAGCCCUUAUGGCCUCGACUUGUGGGUCCAGGCAUCACGACGCGCAUGGCAGAACAGCUGGACUUUGAGCCCGCUGUGGCAUGCUGUGCAUUCUAAGGUUGCAGAAACAAAUGAGGCUCAGAGUGACACCGUGACAUCUGUUCACUCUGAGGAGGGCAACAGCUCCAGCAAUGUUCCAGGCACUUUGGCAGGGAACGAGGCUGGGAACGAAGGUGACUGCGCUUUUGGCUGCCGCGCUGAGGCUGGUGGCGAAGGAGUGGACUGUGACUUAAGAGGCUUCAGCUGCGACUCUGCUGCUUACUGCUGGGAUGGGACCGGCGGUGACGGAGUAGGUCGAGAGUACCCGCAAGGGCCCGAGAUAUCCUCUCCGGCCUCUGUGUUUCAGGCAGGACUGGCUUGCCAUGAUGAUUGCUGUGAUUUCGACUUCGACUUUGCUAUUGCCUGCAGUGCUGGGAGCGAUGGCAAAGGUGUAGGUCGAGAGUGCCCGAAAGGGCCCGAGAUAUCCUCUCCUGAGCUUGAACUCCCAGGCUUGCAGAAUGACGGCGAGAACCUUCAUGCCACACGGUCUCAUGCUGGCUGCUUUGAGCUUGUGAGCGAAAUCCCUCGCCCUCCUGCACAGGACCUUCACCUUGUCAUCGAAGCCGAGGCUCUGAUGCGUGCGACUUCUGUGAUGCGUGGCAAGGCGGGUGGAGCCGACGGUUGGCUUCCCUCGGACCUUUUGCAGCUCCCGAUUGCUUGGUUUCGCUGGGCCGCCGCACUCUGGAACCGGAUUCUUGCUACCGGCAAGGUUCCUGCCCAAUGGCGCAAGGCCCGGGUCGCCCUUCUGUGGAAAAAGCGCAGACGAACCCGACCGAUCACUUUGUUGUGCAGUCUUUGGAGGGCUGGGGCCAGGGUCAUUCAGACCCAACUGGGCCCAUGGGUGGCUAGCUGGGCAGACCAUACUGCUGCUGGCGGCCUUCCUGGGACGAGUGUCCAGGCCGCCCUUAUGCAGAUCCGAAAGGCCAUGACCGAUGGUGCCGUGGCGUUCAUCCAAUCCGACAUCAAAAGCUACUUCGACAGCAUCCACAUCGGUGCUAUGCAGCGGGCUCUUACCCAUAUGCGCUUCCCUCAGCCGGUGCUUGCGGUGUUGACCGACUUCUACAACGGCGCCGAGAGAAUCUUCUCUUUGUCGGGAUCCCUCAACCCUUCCUGGAGCAGUGUUUCUUCAGGGAUCGCUCAGGGCUGCCCCCUGUCUCCUGUCAUUGCGGCUUUACUUUCGUACCUUUGGUCUACCUUUGUGAUCGGCAAUUCUUCGCGCUCCCUCGGCGCUUUGGCUUACAUCGAUGACCGCACGGUCUGGGCCAAGGCUGGGGCUCCGACAGACUCCCUUCGGGAUGCCAUGGCAAGGUCCUCUGCCUAUGAUCGUGCCUUUGGUUUGCGACUCUCGGUUGACAAAUGCUCCGUCGUGGCCCCAACUCUAGGUCCCGAACUCCGGGCCCUAGCUGCUGAGCUUGAGUUCCAGGUGAUGCCCGACCUCGAGAUCCUUGGAGUCAGGGCUACUUUUCGGGGUGAGUGGACUCUCCUGAAAUAUCAUGCUCGGAAGGCUAUCCUUCGUGCCAGGCUUCUUGGGUGGUGUACGCGUAACACUGAUCACCAAAAGUUCUUGCUGGCCUCGUUGGUAGUCCCGCCUUUUGCGUGGGCCUCCGGCUUUGCGAGGUGUGACCGUGACGACCUGACCGCCAUCAAAGCUGACAUUGAGAACGUUUUCAACCAUGGCUUCACGGCUGGGUUUGCGAAGGUGUGCCUUUAUGAGGCAAUUGGCUGGAACCUGCAACCGGACUUUGCAUGCGACCUCGGCGCCCUUCGUGUUCUAUGGAAGGCCAGCAUCCAACAACCUCGUUGGCUCGACACUGUUGCUUUAAGUGAGGCCCAUUUUCGAUGGAGGACCAUGCUACCGGAACUCCCUGAGGUUCUCCGGAAGCUUGAUUGGAAGGUUGAUUUUGCUUCAACUGAGGUGUGCAGAACUGACCGAUCUGGCCGGGUGCGCACUCUCCGACCGGGCAUUGAUGGUUUUUGUGUUGUGAAAGAUUGGCUCGUGCAGCACUUUAGGCAACUGUAUGUUGCCCGCACUGGCCGAGUUCAACGCAGACUCCAUCGCGACGACGAAAGCCUUGCGGUUGGCCUUGAUCUGCCAGCGCCUGGGAGGCAUCAGGACUACUAUUUUGAUGGCCUCCACACAGCGAUCUCCAUGGGCCUCCGCAGUGUCACUCUUUCGGCUUUGGGUGCGGGCAGCUCGUGCUGGCAUUUCAAUGCUGGGGGCAACUUUGAUGCCACCCAUGAUCGCUGGCGCUGCCUGUGUGGUCUUCGGGCUCCUUCUAGGGCCCAUCUUUUGUGGAACUGUGAGAAAACUGCCACUCUUCGGGAGGGUCUGCAGUUGCCGGUCGACAGGUGCGAAGAAAGACUCCUCCUUCGGGGGGCCCCGGAACAACCUCCGCCUCCACCAGCUGUUGCUCCGCAGGAGUGCUUUGACGACCUCGUUGAGGCCAUUGACACCCAGCUCUCCCUGGACCCUGCGGUUCUCUUCGUCGCAACCGACGGCUCCGAGGACAAAAAAGUCGGCGCCUUCGCUGUGGCAGUUCACCCGGGCGACUUCGUGUGUGCUUUGGGCACGGCCGAUGAAGACCAGUCGCCCUUCAAGCAGGAGCUCCUCGGCUUUGACUUCGCUGCCAAGGCGCUUCUUAAAGUUGCUGCUCGCUCCUUGUGGGCUCGACGUGUUGUCUUUGUCCUCGACUGCCAGUCGGCCCUUACUCUCGUUCUGCAGAAAGGUGACAGCUUUUGCUACUACCUGAAGAUUGUUGACUCGAUCAAGGCUUCUCUUCGGGCUCUUCGUGGUCAUGGAGUGGCCGUCACGUGUGUUUGGGUCCCAAGCCACGGGAAGCGACCAGGAUGGCAUGCUCCUCCUGGCCUCUGUGGCGACCUUCUCCGCAAGCUCAACGCCUCCGCCGACGAGGCUGCUGGAGCAUGCCGCCUUCGCAGGUUCUCUGGUGGCGCCAUCGAGGCCUGGUGGCUGCAUCGCAAUGAUGCCAGGUCUUGGGAACUUCGUGCCAUUCAGGCUUCUGCUGCUUCUGGUGAGGCUCUCCAUCGUGAGCUCCGUCGGCAUGGACUUCGUCCCCGUGAGCGGGCUCCCGAUGAUGGGGCUGUGGUGCCGCCUCUGGGCUCUGACUUCGGUGGCGCUGACCCUUCACUGGCUGCUGGCGGCCAGUCCUCCUGA